AUGAUUUUAUGCGGGUUUCAACCAACAACCUUUGUGUCCAAUUGUUUGAUCCAAAUGUACGUCGAAUGUUUGCAUUUGGACUCUGCGUGCAAGGUGUUUGAUAAAAUGUCUCAGAGGGAUGUGAUUUCUUAUAACUCGAUUAUUUCUGGAUAUGCUAGCUGUGGGGAAAUGGGUAUUGCAAGGCGGUUUUUUCAUGAGAUGCCGGAGAGAGAUGUGGUGUCAUGGAAUUCAAUGAUUUCUGGGUUUCUGCAGAAUGGCGAGUGUCAGAAGUCGAUUGGUGUUUUUUUGGAGAUGGGGAGAUUUGGUGUGGGUUUUGACCGAGCGAGCUUUUCUGUUGUUUUGAAAGCAUGUGCGUUUUUGGAAGAGUUUGAUGUGGGGGUUCAGAUUCAUGGACUUGUGGUGAAGUUUGGAUUUGAUAUUGAUGUGGUCACUGGAAGUGCUUUGCUUGCUAUGUAUGCAAAGUGUAAGAGAUUAGAUGAUUCGCUUUCAGUUUUUACUCAUCUUCCUGACAAGAAUUGGGUUUCUUGGAGUGCAAUGAUUGCUGGUUGCAUUCAAAAUAAUCGGAGUAUUGAGGGGUUAGAGUUGUUCAAAGAGAUGCAAAGGGUGGGAGUUGGGGUUGGUCAAUCUAUCUAUGCUAGUCUUUUCAGGUCCUGUGCAGGGUUGUCAGCAUUAAAAUUGGGUAAAGAGUUGCAUAGCCAUGCUUUAAAGAGUGCUUUUGGAUCUGAUGUCAUUGUAGGAACUGCCACUUUAGAUAUGUAUGCAAAAUGUAGCAGGAUGACUAAUGCUCAGACAGUAUUUAACUUGAUGCCGAAACGUAGUUUGCAAUCUUACAAUGCCCUUAUUGUUGGGUAUUCCAGAAGUGAUCGAGGCUUUCAAGCUUUGCAGUCAUUUCAGCUUCUGUUGAAGACAGGCCUUGGUUUUGAUGAAAUAACUCUAUCUGGGGCAUUAAAUGCUUGUGCAUCCAUCAGAGGAUAUUGGGAGGGACUUCAAGUGCAUGGAUUAGCAGUUAAGAGAAUUUCUAUGUCAAAUAUUUGUGUUGCUAAUGCCAUCCUUGACAUGUAUGGUAAAUGCAGGGCUCUUGCUGAAGCUUCUGAUCUGUUUGAUAUGAUGGAAAGGAGAGAUGCUGUGUCUUGGAAUGCAAUUAUUGCAGCUUAUGAGCAGAAUGGAAUCGAAGAGGAAACACUUGCCCUUUUUGCAUCAAUGCUUUGCUCUAGGGUGGAACCUGAUGACUUCACUUAUGGCAGUGUCUUGAAAGCUUGUGCUGGUCUACAAGCUUUGAACACCGGCAUGGAGAUCCAUACUAGAAUUAUUAAAUCUGGAAUGGGCUUUGACUCGUUUGUGGGUGCUGCUCUUGUUGAUAUGUACUGCAAGUGCAGAAUGAUAGAAGAAGCAGGUAAAAUCCAUGACAGAACAGAACAAAAGACAAUGGUUUCAUGGAAUGCAAUUAUUUCUGGAUUCUCACUGCUACAACAAAGUGAGGAUGCGCACCGGUUCUUUUCUAGAAUGCUGGAAAUGGGCAUAAAGCCAGACAACUUCACUUAUGCUGCUAUUCUUGAUGCUUGUGCUAAUUUAGCUACUGUUGGUCUUGGGAAGCAAAUGCAUGCUCAAAUUAUCAAGCUAGAACUGCAAUCGGAUGUGUACAUAUGCAGCACUAUUGUUGAUAUGUACUCGAAGUGUGGAAACAUGCAAGAUUCCCAGCUGAUGUUUGAGAAAGCACCCAAUAGGGAUUUUGUAACAUGGAAUGCCAUGCUUUGUGGCUAUGCUCAUCAUGGUCUUGGAGAAGAGGCUUUACAACUUUUUGAGUGUAUGCAACUUGAGAACGUAAAGCCAAACCAUGCAACUUUUGUUUCUGUCCUCAGAGCUUGUGCACACAUGGGGCUUGUUGAUUUAGGGCUGCAUUACUUUGAUGUCAUGCUGAGUGAGUAUAGUUUAGAUCCUCAAGUAGAGCACUACUCAUGUAUGGUUGACAUACUAGGGAGAUCAGGGCGCAUUGAUGAGGCAUGGAAGGUUAUUCAAGAGAUGCCUUUUGAAGCCGAUGCUGUUGUCUGGAGAAAUCUGCUCAGUGUUUGCAAGAUCCAUGGGAAUGUAGAGGUUGCAGAAAAAGCAACGAGUGCCCUUUUGCAAUUGGAUCCACAAGACUCUUCUGCUUGCAUCCUUCUAUCAAACGUUUAUGCUGAUGCAGGAAUGUGGGGUAAUGUUUCAGAGAUGAGAAAGAUGAUGAGGCAUAAUAAGCUAAAAAAGGAACCAGGUUGCAGCUGGGUUGAAGUAAAAGAUGAGGUGCAUACAUUUCUUGUUGGAGACAAAGGUCAUCCAAGACACGAAGAGAUAUAUGAGAAGCUUGGGGUGCUAAUCGGAGAGAUGAAGUCAGCUGGAUAUAUUCCUGAUAUUGAUUUUUUGCUAGAUGAGGAGGUAGAAGAACAUGAGCAACUAGAAGAGCUACGAGCCUGCGCAUACUGUCUGUAG